AUGUGCCAAAAGGAAACCAUUGAUGAGGUCGUUGUGCAAAUUGAAUGUGAUCGUCUAACCUGGGAGAAACUGCAGCAAGGUAAAACCAAAGAUGGAGAUUGUGGGAAUUCUCUGGAGAAACCGAAAUGGUUCGAAGAGGAGCAGUAUCUCCGCGGACAGAAACUUCUCAUGGAUAAUCUGCUUUGCUCGAUGUUCUGUCAUCUCGCUGGUUUAAUCUUGGGGGUCGCGAUCGAAAUCCCUUACACCGUCCUCGCCAAUACCGGAAAUCACAGAUCCCUGAAAGAUUUGGCCUCGCGGUACCUCUCGACGAGCGAUAAGAUCAUCAAAUGGUAUUCGAGCGAUAUAUUCAAUCCUACGACAGAGGGAGCGAAGAGCAUCGCGAUGGUGCGGAAAAUGCAUGCGGCCUCUCACCGAACCAUGAAUAGAUCUCACCCGAAACCCGACGCCAACGAGCUAUGGAUGUCUCAAUUCUACAUGGCCACAACCCAAAUUUCGUUCGUUGGUCUCAUGAUGUUUUGCCCCAAGGCGGUUGGGCUUGGACACCUCUCGAAGGCGGACAAAGAAGCGAUCAUGCACUAUUGGCGUUGCAUAGGAUACCUCCUCGGUAUAUCCGACGAGUACAACGUGUGCGGUGGAUCUAUCGACGACCUCGAAACUCUGACGCUGGCGUUCGUGGAGAACCUGCUCCGGCCAUCAAUGCUGGAAAUCAGCUCGGACAAAUUUAAUAUGACUCGAGGGAUCCUGGACUCGGUUUUGAAGUCGAUCGGGAACAGAUUCGUAACGAGGAACGGCUUCAUCGCGUUUUGGUGUCCGAUAAUAAAAGUGCACUUCGACGAAAAGCUCAGCGUUGGUGACCGUAUCUGCGUCCUCCUCAUGAAAUUGGUGUACUCCAGCGGAAUCACCAACUUUGAAAUUGUCCGACGCUUCCUGAACUAUCGACACAAGCAGAGAUACCUGAGUGCCUUUGCGAGUCCCAAUCGACUAUCGGACUCCUGUCUGAAUGAUGUUUACGGCGACAUUCCGAUGUGUCCGUAUCUGGUGAAGAAAAAUAGCUGA